UUUCUGUGUUUCAUCUCUGCAACAAGCAAAGGAGGGCUUAUACCAUACUGUUCUCACAGAGGGAAAAUACUACGUGACUCUCUUGACCGGUUGAUGCGAUGGUGGUCUGCAAAUGCCGCAAGGCGACAAAGCUUUAUUGCUUCGUGCACAAGGUCCCUGUUUGUGGGGAAUGCAUUUGUUUUCCAGAGCACCGGAUAUGUGUGGUUCGUAAUUACUCCGACUGGGUGAUAGAUGGAGAGUAUGACUGGCCUCCUACAUGCUGCCUAUGCAAGGCUGUGCUUGAAGAUGGGCCUGACCCUCAAACUACUCGAUUGGGUUGCUUGCAUGUGAUACACACAAAUUGCUUGGUAUCCCAUAUUAAAAGCUUCCCUCAACACACUGCACCAGCAGGAUAUGUGUGCCCUUUGUGUUCUACUACGAUAUGGCCUCCUAAAAGCGUCAAAGAUUCAGGAUCCUGUCUUCACUCGAAACUGAAGGAGGCUAUUAUGCUGACUGGCCAGGAAAAAAAUCUGUUCGGAAAUCAUGCUGUUUCAUUGCCUGCAGCUGAGUCCCGUGUUCCUCCUGCUGCUUUUGCUUCAGAUCCGCUUGUAUCAGUAACUGGGGCCAAAGAGAAAAAUAAUGUGAAUUCUUUGGAUCCCUCAGGUGACCCAAGCAUGUCAUCUUCAGGAAUGACUGGAACGGGCAGGUCAAAUAUUUCUGUUGAUAUUGUGGAGAUAGAUGGUCCAAGUUCAGUGGGAAGUCAAUUCAAAUCUGAUCAUGAGCCCAACUUUAUUAAAGCUCCAAGCCCUGUUGGUCCUGGAGCUACAACGAGAAAGGGUGCUUACCAUGUUGACAAGCAAAAUUCAGAAAUUUCAUACUUUGCUGACGAUGAAGACGGUAACCAGAAGAAAUACUCUCGAAGGGGUACUUUGCGUCAUAAGUUUCUUAGAGCAUUGCUACCUUUCUGGUCUAAAGCUCUGCCAAGCCUGCCAGUAACUGCACCCCCGCGGAAAGAUUUAUCAAAUUCAGACGAUGUUCUAGAAGGUCGUUCACGCCACCAGAGAUCUUCAAGGAUGGAUCCAAGAAAAAUCCUCCUCGUCAUGGCAAUCAUGGCAUGUAUGGCGACGAUGGGCAUUCUGUAUUACAGACUGUCACAACGUAGUCUUGGUGAAAGCCAGCCUGAGGAUGAACAGCAAUGAUCAUUGUUUAAGCUUGUGUGGUUCAGGUUGAUGAAAUCCUUUUUCUUGUACUCCUGGUUAUUGGGCUUUUAUCUCCUGGUCUGCUUUAGUGUGGACUGCAGACUUGUAGGGGCUUUUUGAUGAAAGACUGUUCAGCUAUCUCCAUUUGUGAUGCUGAAUGUCCAUUAUGUUGCUACUGUCACAAAAGCUCCUCUUGGCCAUCAUGCUCCAUGUUUCUCAUGUGCUACUACUGGUAUAGUUAAUUAAAGAAAUGGUUCGAUGGAA